AUGAACCGCAAGAAGCUGCAGAAGCUAACGGACACCUUAACUAAAAAUUGCAAACAUUUUAAUACAUAUGAGGUGAACUGCCUGGUCAAUCUCUUUUAUACCUUGGUGGGACAAGUGGCAGAGCGGCCCGGCGUAGUUGUUGGACUGGAUCGGAAUGCAUUUCGGAACAUCUUGCAUGUGACAUUUGGAAUGACAGAUGACAUGAUUAUGGAUAGAGUGUUCCGAGGUUUUGAUAAAGAUAACGAUGGCUGGGUCAAUGUAGCAGAGUGGAUUAACGGAUUAUCACUGUUUCUUCGAGGGUCUUUGGAAGAAAAAAUGAAAUAUUGCUUUGACGUGUUUGAUUUGAAUGGUGAUGGAUUUAUUUCAAAGGAGGAAAUGUUUCACAUGUUGAAGAAUAGCCUGCUGAAACAGCCAUCUGAAGAGGAUCCUGAUGAGGGGAUAAAAGAUUUGGUUGAAAUAACACUAAAGAAAAUGGACUAUGAUCAUGAUGGGAAGCUGUCUUUUGCGGACUAUGAACAAGCUGUGAGAGAAGAGACUCUUCUGUUGGAAGCUUUUGGACCAUGCUUACCUGAUCCAAAGCAAGCCAAACUUGAAGAGCAUGGUCUUUGCUAUCUUGAUGAGGGCUUGACUAGAACAAGGAAGGAUGAGUUACAAUUUGGAGGACUAAAGUAUAUUCUCUCAGGUUAUUAA